AUGGCAUCAAAUAAAUCAAGUGGUAGUAGUAACAGUAAUACCAACAGUAAUGGCAGCAACAACAGCAACAAUCUAAACCCACAGACACAAUGGCAACAACAGCAACAACAACAACAACAACAAAAUCAAUCAGUUGGUGGAUCACAACAAGUUUAUAAUUUACCAGGAGUUAUUAAUUAUUUAACAUCAGAAUUCACCAAUUUAGAAAGAUAUAAGAUCAUGACAAAUAUUGAAAAAUCAGAAAUGAAAUUUAAAAUUGUUCAAUUGCAGGGGGAAGUUAAUAGUUUGAAAUUCAUUAAUCAUAAACAGAAAGUAAAGAUUGAUAAAUUAGAACAAGAGAAUAGAUGUUUAAAAUUGAAAUUAGGAGAGGAGGACCAGAAGGAAGAGGUGGAGGGAGGUGACGGUGAUGUGAUUGUAGAAGAUAGUGAAGGAAUCCCAAAGAUUGAUUUACUGAUGAUUAAGAAAUCAAAACAACAAUUAAAUAAAUCAAUGAAGGAGAUUAUGAAUCUAUUAAAAGCUCCAUCAUCUAAAAACUACAUAAAUCUCCCACCUCAUCCUGAUCAAACUAAUACCAUACCAGCGAUCGCUCCAGAACUGAAUGAAUUUGAUGUUUUGAUAGAUAACAACACGGUAGACAAUCAAGUUGAAGCAUUCUUAUUCCAAGAAAUAUCAGCUGCUAACAACAAGACUGGUUCAAACAAAUCCAAUAAGAAACAACGGAGUGGUGGUGGUGAUAGUUCUGUUAUUUCACAAUUCUUUUCUGAUGAGCCAUAUAAUUUAGAUGUGAUCGAGAGUCCAUCUAGAUUGGAGAUUAAGAAUGGGAGUGAUGAGGAUAAGGAAUCUUAUUAUGAUAAUAUUUUGGUUGAGGAUGGUCCAAGUGAGGAUCUUUCUGAUGUUGAAACUAUUGCUUCUACUGUGAUAUUAGAGGAUGCUGAUGAUGAGGAGGAGGAGGCGGAACCGGAGGAAGAAGAGAGGGAGCAAGAGCAAGAGCAUGUAGAAGUGGAUGACAAUGGGGAUGAUGAAAUAGUUGGGGUAAUCUCUCCCCAUCCUAGUCCAGAACCUGAAUUAAUUGAUUUUAAUGAUCCAGAAUAUGAGAAUUUGGAUGUAUUUGAUAGUGAAAAUGUUAGUAUUUAUUUAAAUUCAAUGUCAGCAACUGAUCAUACAAAAAUGACUGUAACAAACAAUAAUAUUGAAGAUGAUGAUGAUAAUGAUAAUGCAAAAGUAUUAUUAAUUAAGGAAUUUGAUUUAGAUAUUGAACCUAAUCGAAUAUGUAAUAUAUUCCCAUUAAUAAUCCAUUCACAAACUAAUGUAAGUGUAUUUUUAUUAAUCUAUAAAAAUGGAGAAGUUAGAGCAUUAAUAUUUGAUAGUCAGGGUGGAUCGAAACAAGAAACUAUAAUUAAUAUAAAAUCAAUAAUUAAAGAAGUUUUAUCAAGUUCAAUAAUUGAAUUUAAGAAUAAAACAAAUGAAAAAUCAAAAUAUAUUGGAUUAGCAAUUGGUGGGACUGCAAGUAACAACAAUCAAUUUUUAUUAAAAGUGUAUCAAAUCAAAUUUCAUAGAUCUGAUAAUAAUAUUCAAAGCAAAGAGAUUGGAAGUUAUAACAAGAAUUUCUUAAUGAAGGGAAAGCAACAAAGUAGUGCAAGUGGUGAUCAUCAUAUAUCAUUUGCAGGAUGGUAUGUGAAUGAGAAGGCACAUCCACAUGCUGCACCUACUAUUCCAACUCCAUUAUUAAAGGGAAAGCAGCAACAACCAAAUAAUAGUAGUAAUGUAUCAUGUGAUGAUGAUAGUUUGGGUAUUUAUGAAUUAUUAUAUAAGGUUGAUGAUAAGACUUUUGAAUUGAAUCUUGUACUGAGAAAGAGUAAUGUAUUUAGAGAGUAG